GCAGAAUGCGGCGGGGCGAGGCCCGAGAGACCAAACCCGUUUGCCGGAUGGGCGUGGAGAGGUUGACCCAACAGGAGCGUCGCGCGGCGCAGGUGACAAACGGCCCCGCCGCCGCCGCCGCGUCUCACUCCCCCGCCGUCUCGUCCAGCCGCCAGCAUCAUGCCCCUCGGGUCCGCCCCGGCGGGGGGCCGCCGCCACGCCAUCGACACGCAGAUGGACGGCCGCUCCUUCGGCCAGCUGCGUCAGGAAUGCCUGCAGAGGCGCGUCCUGUUCGAGGACCCCGACUUCCCCGCCGAGGACUCGUCGCUCUUCUUCAGCCAGGCCGUUCCCGUCCGGCUGGAGUGGAAGCGGCCCCCGGAGCUGUGCGCCAACCCCAAGUUCAUCGUGGGCGACGCCACUCGGACGGACAUCUGCCAGGGACAGCUGGGCGACUGCUGGCUGCUCGCCGCCAUCGCAUCCUUGACUCUGAAGAAGGACGCUCUGGCCCGGGUGGUCCCCCACGACCAGGACUUUGAUCAGCGCUACGCCGGCAUCUUCCACUUCCAGUUUUGGCAGCACAACAAGUGGCUGGACGUGGUGGUGGACGACCGUCUGCCGUCGGUGCGCGGCCAGCUCAUCCUGCUUCACUCGGCCUCCAACAACGAGUUCUGGAGCGCCCUGCUGGAGAAAGCCUACGCCAAGCUGCACGGCAGCUACGAGUCUCUGAAGGGCGGCAGCACCAUGGAGGCCAUGGAGGACUUUACGGGCGGCGUGGGCGAGAUCCACGACACCAAAAAAUCCAACGCCAAACUCUUUGGCAUCAUGAAGAAGGCGCUGGACCGAGGAUCCAUGAUGGGAUGCUCCAUCGACAUCAGCAGCUCGGCCGAGUCGGAGGCCAAGACCAGCAGCGGCCUAGUCAAAGGUCACGCCUACUCCAUCACCGGCCUGCAGGAGGUCAAUUGCCGAGGUCAAAAGGUCAAGUUGGUGCGCGUGAGGAACCCCUGGGGUCAGGUGGAGUGGAACGGACCCUGGAGCGACGGUUCCCGCGAGUGGGACUACGUGGACCAAGCGGAGAAAAGGCGAAUUCUGCAGCACGCCUCCGAAGACGGCGAAUUCUGGAUGGCGUUUGAGGACUUUCGCUCCAACUUCGACAAGGUGGAGAUCUGCAACAUGACGCCGGACGCGCUGAGCGACGACACCAAGCGUCACUGGGAGGCGCAAUUGUUUGAGGGCCAGUGGAUCCGCGGCUCCACCGCCGGCGGCUGCAGGAACUUCAUCGACACCUUCUGGACCAACCCGCAGUUCAAGCUGGAGCUGGCGGACGCCGACGACGAGGACGACGUGUGCAGCGUGGUCAUCGCGCUGAUGCAGAAGAACCGACGGCAGCUGAGGAAGGAGGGCAUGGACCUGGAGACCAUCGGAUUUGCCGUCUACGAGGCUCCCAACGGCGCCGAGCAGCAGGGCAAAGAUUUCUUCCGCACGCACGCGUCCAAAGCUCGCAGCAAGACCUACAUCAACCUGCGCGAGGUGUCGGAGCGCUUCACGCUGCCGCCCGGCCGCUACCUGCUGGUGCCCACCACCUUCCAGCCGCACCGCGAGGCCGACUUCCUGGUGCGCAUCUUCUCCGAGAAGAAGGUGGCCGCCCUGGAGAUGGGCAGCGACGUGGACGCCGACCUGCCUGAGCCCCCUCCGCCCAGCGCCCCCGAGGACGAGACGGACGAGGAGAAAGGUCUGAGGAGACUCUUUGACCAGCUGGCCGGAUCUGACCGGGCCAUCUCCGUCAGGGAACUGCAGCAGCUGCUCAACGGCGUCCUCAGCAGCCGAAAGGAGAUCCAGUUUGACGGGCUGAGCCUCCACACGUGCCACAGCAUCAUGAACCUGAUGGACGCGGACAACACGGGCAAGAUGGAGUUCCAGGAGUUCAAGGUCUUCUGGGAGAAGAUGAAGAAGUGGAUCAUGCUCUUCCUGUCUUUUGACACGGACCGCUCGGGCAAGAUGUCCUCCUACGAGCUCCGCAGUGCCCUCAAAGCCGCAGGCAUGCAGCUGAAUAAUCAGUUGCUGCAGCUCCUCGGCCUGCGCUUUGCCGAUGAGAAGUACGGCAUCGACUUUGACGACUAUCUCACCUGCAUCGUCCGCCUGGAGAACAUGUUCCGGGUUUUCCAGGCUAUGGAUGAUCACAAAAAGGGCCGCAUUCGAAUGAACAUGUUGCAGGUAAGCUGGCGCAACCCCCCCCCCCCCAUAUUGUUGCAGAUUUUCACUCUUCACGGGGGGAUGCAGCUUGUAUCAAGGUUUCCAUUUGUUUGGCUCCUCUGUUUUUCAUUCGACUUGCUCUUUGCUUCCCUCUGUAAGUUCCUGGUCUUGUCCAUGAACGUGUGAGAAGAUGCCGUGAGCAAAGCCAGCAGAAGAACAAACGUCCCCUUCUCGUCAAAGUCAGACAUAUUAAUAUGCGUUCCUUCUUUUUGUGUUGUAAGCCGCCUUGCGGUCUGUCCGCCGAUGGGCAGAAAUGGCGCAAAUAAUGUGAGAUCUUGGUUGGAGGGCUAAAAAUUUGCUAUUGAUUGGUACUUUUUGAUUUCCUGUCUGUCGCCACAAUCAACCGAUAAAUUGUGAAUAAAGCUGUGAAACUUU